AUGGGGAGCAUUGUCUGGCGGGACGCCCCCGCCGGGACAGGUUUAUUAAGGGUGCAGAUAGCCCACCGCCCUGUCGGGACGCGCUAUCGCCGCUCCGGAUCGGCGCCACGCCAAAACCCCGGCGCCAGACUCGAACGGCACACCGCGCCGCGCCGGGUAGCAGAGGAUUUCCCGGCCGCCCCGCCGUCGCCGGCCGGCCACGAGACCGACCCCGCACCGCGCCCGCCGCCUGAGGUGGACGCCGAGCUGCAGCUACUUCGCCUUGGCGAGGACGCGGACGCGCCACAGCAGGAGAACGCGGGCAGCGGCAGCCCAGCCGGGGCGGAGACAACGGCGGCGGCCGCGCAGCCCUCCCCCUCGGGCGAGGGUGAACCGGUCCCUGUCCCCGCUACGGGCCAGCCGGCAGGAAACGCAGAUAAAAGGCAGAUUAGCGACGCCAGCUCGGACGAGGCGGAGCAGCAAGGUCAGCCGAUGACCGAGCGCGCGCCACAACAACAGGUGCAGGAGGAACUACGAGAGGAACAGGCCACCGAAAAUAUGCAAAUCGACGCGACGACGCCCGCGGGCGGGAGCGCCGUCCCGACCGUGGAGCAGACGCGCGAGCAGUGGAUAAAGGAGAAGAGUAACCACAUGAGAAAAGUUUUAAAGCUCAACCAAAACGACGAUGUCACCGCAAAGUCCUCCACCAGGGGAAGCAGUGACAAACCGAAAAAACAACACAAUACAGACGACGAACAGACACAAACGACGAAAACGGUAAACAAACCCGCAAAGAAAAACAAGAAAAGACGCAGCUCCAACUCGUCACAGGACCGAAGAGAAAACAAUCAGAGAGAUGUCCGCAUGGACACAGACUACAGCACCGACUGA